AUGGACUCAACUUGGAAACCGAUGGCGAAAAGAAAUGAUGAUUCUUCAACGCAACCGGCGGAGGAAGAUACCCGUUCGUUUCAGCAUCCCCGAGUGACUGUACGUCAUCGCCUACCUCCAACCCAAGACAGUCAGGGUAGUAGCAGUACCGGUAGUGGUGCCACUGGAAUGAGUCUGGGGACCAGUGGGGGUAGUGUAAGCAGCGGGAAAUCUGCGAAGCAACCUGGAAAAUCUGGUGGAGCUGGACGUGGAACUCGAUGCAGUAGUAGUGCUUCAUCAUCCACGGAGGAGACUGAAGCCAGGGAGCGUCGUUUCGGCAGUCUGGAUUUACAUCCGCUACCCACAGUAGGCUCAUCCACAGCAAUGGCUUCUGCUGUACGCCGAAGCCUUAUUGGAUCUGGGGCCCAUUGUCCACAUCAUUUACACUACAAUGCGCUGCUGACUAUGCAUCAACGUUUCGUGUCACAUACUGAGGGACCAGCUGACUCACUGGACUGUCACAGCAGUCAACCGUCCGUACCCACCGUAAACACCCCUGCCGGGUAUCCAGGACCAGAAACCGAACCGGCUGCGCUGUCUGCUGCCAGUUUAGCAAACAAAUCAGAGAUUGAGCCCAGCAUGACUGCUACAAAAUCAAUCUCUACGGCAGUACAAAAUCCAAUGCGUCUCUUUGGUGUUUUACCGCCAUCUUUGUGGCCAUGUCUGUUGUGCCCGCUUCACGGUGCUUCGUUGGCCAAUUCCUCGGCUCUCCUAAUGGCAGAGAUCGAACAGGGAGCAUCGACCACGGUUCCCAAUAAAGAUGACCCCGCGGCACUUCUCACUGAUGCGACCGCAAUGCGUGAUUCCAAUGCCUCUUCCGGCUUAGAUCAGAGCGCGGCACUCACCUAUUCCAGUGUCAGCACGGAGCCCAAUUCUACCAUGUCAUCAUCCUCGGUCGCGGACAAGUGGUUUGAUUCCGGUUCUGCAUCAUCCCAUCCUGCCCCGCACAUCGGUCCGUAUCAGCUCGGGCCCACUUUGGGUAGGGGAAAUUUUGCCGUGGUAAAGUUGGCCAAACAUAUUCCGACGAAGAUGAAGGCUCUGUUUAAACGUUUGAUCGUUAUCGAGUUUACUUUCAUUUAUAUGUUCAACUUUACUAUAGAUGUAUCUAUCGCCUAG